CGGGUGAUGCUUCUGUUUAAAAUGUUUUCCCCACAGUAAAGUGAAUUCUUGCCAUCACAAAGAUGACUUCUCUGCUUCUACUUGCUCUGCUGUCGGUCUGCUGGGCUGAUUCUCGUGUAAGUCAGAACUCCACAGAGCCGAAGUUCUUCAGGACAAUCUACAUUGCAGAUACUGGAUCACUGUUGAAGGUACAGACAGAACAGCCUAAAGUAGUCUCUUACCGGGGUGGAAAUGCCACUCUGCCCUGUAAAUUCCACCAUGAACAUGUGGGUGUUGUUCCGACUCCUUCUAAAAUCCGGAUCAAGUGGACCAAACUCACCUCUGAUUACCUUAAAGAGAUUGAUGUAUUUGUAGUCAUGGGACACAACAGAAAAAGUUUCGGAAACUACCAGGGAAGGAUUUUCCUGGAAGAAACCGAUGAUAAUGAUGCCUCUAUCACAAUAACAGACUUAACUUUGGAGGACUACGGUAAAUAUAAGUGUGAAGUCAUUGAAGGACUGGAAGAUGACACCGGUAUUGUGUUGCUUGAUCUACAAGGGCUCAUCUUUCCUUAUAUCCCACGGCUGGGUCGCUACAACCUGAAUUUCAUAGAGGCUCAGAAGGCAUGUAAAGAUCAGGAUGCCAUAGUUGCUUCUUUUGAUCAGUUGUAUGAUGCAUGGCGAGCAGGGCUGGACUGGUGUAAUGCAGGAUGGCUGAGUGAUGGAUCUGUGCAGUAUCCCAUCACCAAACCCAGGGAACCCUGCGGUGGCAGAAAUACUGUCCCCGGUGUCAGAAGCUAUGGCUACAGAGACAAGAUGAAGAACAGAUAUGAUGUGUUCUGUUUUACGUCCAACUACAAUGGUCAGUUCUACUACUUGAUCCACCCUAGGAAGCUGACCUAUGUUGAAGCUGUGCAAGCCUGCGUUAAGAACGGGGCAAAGAUUGCUAAAGUUGGGCAGAUGUAUGCUGCCUGGAAGUUGCUGGGCUAUGACCGCUGUGAUGCCGGCUGGCUGGCCGACGGCAGUGUCCGAUACCCGAUCUCCAAACCCCGCUUCCGAUGCAGCGAGAGUGAAGCAGCUGUGCGCUUUGUGGGUUUCCCAGACAAGAAGCACCGGUUAUAUGGGGUCUACUGUUUCAAGAGCAAUUGAUGAUACACAUAAAAGCUAAGAUGGAGACGAGUGUUACUCUAAUUCUGCACAUGUGAAGGAUGUACUCAAUGAGAUGAACUUAAAGUGUUACCAAAACUGUGAUAAGACUAUUUUUACUUAAUGUAAAAUGCCAUUUUCAUACAUGCCAAAUCCAUUUUUUUCCUUUAUUGUAAUGUACCGUACAAUCAUUGAAAUAUUAAAAAUAAUAUAAUUUUUUUUAUAGGCAGCUGCACCUAGAUAUAGCACAGUUUUUAUUAAAAAGAGAGAGAAAUUGUAUAGCAAAAAGCUACCCUAAACAUUGGCCUGAGAAUGUUUAACAUAUGGUGCAUUCAGGUAUGAGAUGGGCAUGCCAUAGCUAGACCUAAAUAAUCAAUUGUAAAAUGUAUGUUUCUUGGACAAUCUCUGCCUUCUAUGGGGCAUAAAAACAUUCAAAUCGCAUCUUAUUUUCUAUGCAUUGUAAAUUUUAGUGGUUCCCUGGCCUUCAGAGUUCGUCAGUAAAGAGAGAUCUGAAUUGUUUUCUGGAUUUAGCCUUAGGAUUCUAAGAUAACACAGAAUUUUCAAAAGCUCUUCAAUGUAAAAGUCAUUUCAAAAACCCAUCUGAGCAAAACCAACUUCCAAAUUAAGAUUCGAUUUAAGAAGUUUACCAAGAUUAGACACAAUCUUAUAUUU